AUAAGCACUUCAAAUCAUAUAAUACCACCAAUAUGAUUACUAAACACUCUCUUCUAUUAGGGAUUCUAGCAGUCUUGCUGAUAAGCUUGUUGGCUUUUACUGAGCCAGCAACAAUAUUAUUAGAUGAAGAACACGAUGUCCCAAGAGAUUUUAGCCGUAGCUAUUUUCCUGAAGACUUCACUUUUGGAGUAUCCACUUCUGCUUACCAGGUUGAAGGUGAAGCAAAUAAGAAGGGCAGAGGACCUAGCGUGUGGGACAUAUUUGCCCGUGAGUCUUCAGAGAGGAUAAAGGAUCAGAGCAAUGGAGAUGUUGCAGUUGAUUUCUAUAAUCGCUAUGCCGAAGAUAUUCAAUUAAUGAAAGAUAUAGGUUUAAAUGCUUUCAGAUUCUCCAUUUCAUGGUCUAGAAUAAUACCUAGUGGAAGAGUACGAGAUGGAGUGAAUGAGGAAGGGAUAGAAUUUUACAACAAGCUUAUCAAUGAAACUAAAUCAAAGGGUUUGGAGUCUUUCGUAACAAUUUUUCAUUGGGAUACUCCUCAAGCCCUAGAAGACAAGUAUGGUGGCUUUUUAAGCCGUUGUAUUGUAGAUGAUUUUCGUGACUUUGCGGAUCUAUGCUUCCAAAAAUUUGGUGAUCGAGUGAAGCAUUGGAUGACAUUAAAUGAACCAUGGGCUGUUACCGGGUUCGGCUAUGACUUGGGCAUCCAUGCUCCUGGCCGAUGCUCAUCUUGGGUGAAUAUUGAAUGCUCUGGAGGAAACUCAGCCACAGAACCUUACAUAGUUGCUCAUCAUUUGCUCCUUUCUCAUGCGGCAGCUGUCCAAGUAUACAGAGAAAAAUACCAGGCAGAACAAAAGGGCGAAAUUGGGAUAACACUCUUUACUUUUUGGUUUGAACCUUUCUCCAAUAGUAUAGCUGAUAGAGAAGCAGCUAAAACAGCCCUUGAUUUUAUGUUUGGAUUGUUUAUGCAUCCUAUGACCUAUGGCCACUACCCAAGAAGUGUGCAAACUUUAGUUGGAAAUAAAUUGCAAAAAUUUACUUGCAGAGAAUCUCAGUUGCUUAAAGGAUCAUAUGAUUUUGUUGGGUUGCAAUACUACACUUCAUAUUAUGCAAAAGAAAAUGCCAAUGUUAAUCCAUAUUAUAUUAGAUAUACAACUGAUCAUCGUGUUACUGAAACUCCUUACGGUGAAGAUGGUAAACUCAUUGGUCCACAGGCAUACUCUCCUUGGUUUUAUAUUUAUCCGAAAGGUAUUCGACAUCUUUUAAACUAUACUAAAGAUACAUACAACAAUCCAGUAAUUUACAUCACUGAGAAUGGGGUUGACGAGUACAACAAUGAAACGCUAAGCUGGCAGGAGGGGACUCUAGAUGACCACAGGAUUCAAUAUUAUAAAACCCAUCUUUGGAAUGUACUUGGAUCCAUCAAGGAGUACAAUGUUAAUGUCAAAGGUUACUUUGCUUGGUCAUUUAUGGAUAACUACGAAUGGAAUAUUGGUUAUACUUCCAGAUUUGGUUUGUACUACGUGGACUACAAAGAUAACAUGAAAAGACACCCCAAGAACUCAGCUUCUUGGUUUGCAUCUUUCCUCGAUAGUAGGCGAGAAUGGAUUCUUCCGAUUAGUUCGAACGUGACCAAGAUUUCUUCAAGGGCUAGCAAAUACAUAUAGCUAGCAUGUGCCUUGUAGAGGUGCUGCAUUUGUGUGACUUUUGUGUGUCUUGCUACUAAAUAACAUCACUGGACUACUGCUCAACUCCAGUGACUUGAUUUGGUGCCCGGCUGCCGUUUGAUUUGGUGUUUCUGCUCCUUGAUGGCCUUUGGAUUCUGCUUAAGCUUCAGUUCUUUUUUCAGUUGUUGAUUUUAAUUGCUUUAGUUGCUGGGUGUUGUUUGGGUAUUGCUUUUGGUUUUUCGAAAUGUUGGUUUUCUUAAUGCUUUGCGCUUUCCCCUUGUACUAGUCCAUGGUCUGUUUUGCCUUUUUGUUUGGGCUGCAAUCGCUGGUCUUGGUUUA